AUGCCCGAUCGGUACCCCGUGCCUCAUCUUCAGGACUUUGCUGGAGCCCUUUUCGGCAAAACCAUUUUCUUGAAGAUCGAUUUGGUGCGGGCUUUUCAUCAAAUUCCGAUUGCGGCUGAGGACAUUCCCAAAACGGCAGUGACGACUCCUUUUGGCUUGUUUGAGUUCCUUCGUAUGCCAUUUGGUCUCCGAAAUGUCUCACAAACUUUCCAACGUUUCAUUGACCGUGUUUUACGCGGCCUUCCAUUUGUCUAUGUGUAUAUUGAGGAUGUUCUCGUCGCCAGUCGAGAUGUCGAGGAACACCUCCUACACCUUACCCUGCUUUUCGACCGAUUUCAGCAGUUUGGUGUCACCCUGCAUCCUGCCAAAUGUAUCCUAGGAGCCACUUCUCUUGAGUUCUUAGGUCACCUGAUAGACUCAAACGGCAUUUGGUCUCUUCCCUCAAAAGUUGCCGCCAUUCGGGACUUUCCACCCCCUACCUCGAAGCGUCAGUUGCAACGGUUUCUUGGUAUGGUGAACUUUUAUCGCCGGUUCCUACCGAACUGUGCUGAUCUCAUGUUGGCGCUCACCAACAUGCUUUCUGGUCCCAAAGGUUCCCUCGAGCUGACUGGUGAAGCACUGACUGCUUUUGAGGGAAUCAAGAAUUCCCUUGCUGAUGCCACCUUACUCACACAUCCCGCUCCCGAAGCUCAGCUGUCUCUGAUGGUAGAUGCUUCGACCGUAGCCGUAGGUGCUGUCCUUCAAGAACACCUUGCUGGUUUGACUCAACCACUUGCCUUUUUCUCCAAAAAGCUCUUACCAGCUGAGACAUGCUACAGUACCUUUGGCCAUGAACUACUAGCCAUUUACCUGGCUGUGAAGCAUUUCGGGCAUUCCCUUGAAGGUCGUGACUUCACCGUUUUCACUGACCACAAACCGUUGACUUUUGCACUUCGUUCCCACACUGACAAACUAAACCGCCGGGAAAUCCGCCAACUGGACUACAUCUCCCAGUUUACCUCAGAUAUCCGCCACAUCGACGGGUCACGCAAUGAGGUGGCUGAUGCACUGUCCAGGCCCUCCAUUGCUCAUCUUCAGCUUUCACCCGGGAUAGACCUCGCUGAGAUGGUCGCUGAACAACGCCGUGUCGGUCCACCCUGUGAUGAGGAUGUUUCCGGACUCCAACUUCAGGAACUACCGCUAACAACUGGCAACGGCACCAUUUUAUGCGACGUAUCCACCCCUUCCCAUCGUCUAUUUGUGCCACCAUCUCUCCGCUGCAAAGUUUUCUCCUCCCUGCACAAUCUGUCUCACCCUGGGAGUCGAGCAACCGACAAGCUGGUUUCCGACCGCUUCGUCUGGCCUGGUAUGCACAAGGACAUCAAGGCAUGGACACGGACUUGUAUCGCCUGUCAACGGAGCAAGAUCCAGCGGCACAACAAGGCCCCCAUUGGCACCUUUCCCCGGCCCUGGUUCAAGGUUCAGCCACGUUCACCUGGACAUUGUAGGCUCCCUGCCUCUUUCCAAUGGUUGUUCCUAUCUCCUCACCUGUGUGGAUCGGUCCACUCGGUGGCCUGAAGCAAUUCCCCUGCCUGACAUUGCUGCUCCAACGGUGGUCAAGGCUUUUCUCAGUCGUUGGGUUGCUAUCUUUGGUGCACCCUCCACAAUCACGACUGACCGUGGUGCCCAAUUUGAGUCUAACCUCUUCCAGUCUUUACUCUCCUUUUAGGCUGUACCCGCAUCCGGACGACAGCCUUUCACCCGGCUGCUAACGGGAUGGUCGAGCGGUUUCACCGCCAGCUGAAGGCCUCUCUACGCGCCGCGGCCGAUCCGGAGAACUGGACAGACCACCUUCUCCUGGUCCUCUUGGGCAUCCGCUCCGCUCUCAAGCCGGACCUUGACUGUUCCGCAGCUGAACUGGUGUUCGGCUCCACCGUCCGACUCCCCGGUGAGAUGAUCUCACCAAACCCUCAAGGUGCAGUUGAGGAUCCUACCAACCUCCUGCAUCGCCUCCGGCAGUUUAUGCGGACACUUUCUCCGGUUCCUCCCAGGUCCUCCGCCUCUCCGUUCUAUCUCGAGAAGGACUUGGCAACGUGCUCUCACGUCUACCUUCGAUGUGAUCGAGUCCGCCGGCCUCUGGAACCGCCCUAUGACGGCCCAUUUCGGGUGCUCUCUCGCGGGCCGAAGACUUUCCGCAUUCAGCGCGACAAUCGUGAAGAGGUCGUGAGUGUGGACCGCUUCAAGGCUGCCGUCCCUGACACUCCUCCGGAUGAGCCCUGUGGUCCUCAACCUUCUGCUUCCCACAUGCAGCCUCUAUUCCACCGUCCCGUAUUUUCCCUCUGCCCUCCUGUCCGCCAUCUCCGACUGUCACCACCAACUCCAACACUUCCGCCACCAGAUUUAUUCACUCUUCUACGGACCCUGUAUGUAUCACUCGCAGUGGUCGUCAUGUACACUUUCCUGAUCGGUUGGUCACUCAUUUCUUUUAGACCUGUACACAUCCUUCGACGUCGUCUUCGCCGCCCUCCGGUCUCGGAGGGGGGUACUGUGCCGAGGCGCCAGACUAUCUUGCCUUUCCCUACCUGUUCCUCAUUCUUGAACUUACCGGUUGUUUAA